AUGAUCAGCUGCUUUGCUUCCCCUCUUCUACUCGCAAUUGGCUGCUGGUAUCGUCCAUUGCUGUGCUUGCCAACUUUCGGCUAUGUUGUGUGGGCUCGCUUUCUCUCCCGUGCCGAACUCGGUGACGGAGCUGCCUGGCCAUGGUUCUCCCAGCAGGAGUGGGGCUACCAUGCUUUCAGGCGAUACCUCCAGCUGCGGAUUCAUGUUCAUACAUCGCUGUACGAGCGUCCAGUCGACAAGCCUGUUGUGCUUGCGAUUCACCCGCACGGUGUCGCAAGCGACUAUCGUAUCAUGCUCGACGGCAUGCUUUACGAGGCACUGCCGCAUCGGAACGUUCUCACUUUGAGUGCUUCGGUGCUCUUCCAUCUGCCGUUGGUCCGAGAACUUUCCUUGUGGACAAGGUGUAUAGAUGCACGGAAGAGUGUUGCUUGCCGUGCCCUGCGGAAGGGCCACAGCCUGAUGGUCAUUCCCGGCGGCGAGCAUGAACAGAUUCGUACCGUUCAGGGCAAAGAAGAAGUGUACUUGUCUAAGAGGAUGGGGUUCAUCAAGAUCGCUUUGCAAGAGCGAGCAGCCGUGGCACCAUGCUAUGUCUUCGGGUGUGUAGACCUUUACAAGACCUUUACCGGCUUUCUAAAAGCACCUCGAGAAUGGCUUCGCAAAAGCUUUGGCAUUUGUAUUCCCUUGUACUACGGCGCUUUGGGUCUGCUGCCACUCCGACACCCCGUGCACGUGGUCAUGGGGGCACCGAUUGAAUUCGAGUGUAAAGUCGCGGGAUUUCCAAGCGACGAAGAAGUGCAGCAAGCACAUGCGAAGUAUGUUGCUGCCCUGACCAAGCUCUACAACGAAGAAAGACAUCACUACGGAGAUCCGGAGCGUGAGUUGAUUGUGGUGACAGACCGCUGGCAAAAGUGGACUGACCUGGAGGUCUCAGAGGAGACCCUCAGGGAGUUGGCUGAGCACUGCAGUGAGUUCCUCGUUCAUGGAGUUGACGUGGAAGGGCUGCAGAGUGGAAUCGAGGAGCCCCUUGUCCAGCUGCUGGCGGCGUCACCCGUUCCGGUGACGUACGCAGGUGGAGUUCGAUCCUUGGAAGACAUGGAAAGAAUUCGAACACUGGGCCAUGGCCGGGUGGACGCGACCAUAGGCAGUGCCUUGGAUAUCUUCGGCGGCCAACUGGCCUACACGGAGGUCGAUUUCGGUGCGGUGCAGCUGAAAGAAGUCCAGCUUUCCUGCUUGGACGAGAUGGGAGACAACGGUUUCUACCGCUGUCUUGCAUCCAUACCGUUGAGCGGAGGCUAG